CUAUAACCGUCACUGGUGCAAAUCCCAAACCCAAACUGAACAAUCCUAUUUUUUAUUUAUUUAUUUUGUCUCUUUUUCGGGUCAUAAAAUCCCUCUUCUAAAAAAUGAAAAAUUGAUGUUGCUUGAUUCGACACUUAAACCAGCGGAGAAAAUAACGCCCGCGUUGCGUUUAGAUCUGAGAAACGCUGCUACCAACAAUACCACCACACCCUCUUCUCCUUCCUUCACACACAAAAACCGAGAAAGAAACGGAACCAUUCAAUAGCCAUAGCCAUAGCCACCGAGAACCUCACUUCGAAUGACACUCUACGACGUCGUUUCAAGAACCCGCAGCCAAGUGUAAUAGGUGGAUCUGAAGGAUCGCCGUGGCUCGUUUUUAGUGACUGCGGUGGUUACCGUGGGGAGCAAGAACGGGGUGGAUCGGAAAAUGGACCGGAACAAGAACCGUACCGAUCUACUCGCAGCUGGCAAGAAAAGGCUCCAACAAUUUCGUCAGAAGAAGGAUGGUAAAGGUGGUAGUAGCCGUGGAAAAUCAUCAAAACAAGCUGGUAAACCUCAGCUACCGGACCCUGAUUCUGAUGCUGCAAGUAGUGCCUCAAUUUCAACGGUAUCAUCUCAAAUUACUGAUGGAAAUGUUGAAGCUGACAGCCACUCCAAUAUGGUUAAUACAGAAUCAUCAGAGUCACAGUCUGUGACAAACUCAUUAGCUCCUGACAAUACUGAUCCAUCUGUUGAUUCAUCAUCAGUGGUCACUACAUAUGAUACAGGCAAUGAAACUGUAUUGGACUCUAAUGCUGAGGUAGCACAUCAAGUUCAUGGGGUCUGUGAGAAUGAUUCUGAGUUAUCCGCCCAAGAUCAAGGGGAAAUUGCUCAAGACAUUGGUGCUGAUGUGCUAGAGGAUGUGUCUUUGAGAACUUCAGAUAGCCUGGUUUCUGAAGGUGGAGCAACACAUGAUCGUGAAUCUGUAACUGUUGCCGUUUUGUCCCCACCUGCUUCUGUUACAACUGCAGUGGGUGAGAGUGUUACAGAUGAACGAGAAGGUGAAAAGAGGGAGGAAUUGUUGCUUUUAUCUGAGGAUAUACCCAAUACAUCUGUGAUGCAAACAAGGGAAGAUCAGGUAACAGAUUUAGGGGCAAUGCAGGAAGCUGAUGGUUUGGACAUGAAGAAAUCUUAUCAAAGCACUGAUCCUGUGAUUGAUGGUCAAAAGGAGCUUUCUUUGUCUGAGGUUGGUGAGAGUGACCAGUCUCUUUCGGGAAUUGCUUUGGAGAAGAUUAGAGUUGAGGAGGCAUCUCAUGAAGCUGAGCAACUACGCAAGUCAAUUGAAUUACUCUCCUCUCAGUUUCUGCUCGAGGCAAGAGGAGCAGUCUCUGAUUUGGAUCCUUUAGCCAGUAGUUCAGUUCUAUCAGACAAUGACAUUUCAGAAGCAUUUCAGAGUCUCAAAGAAGAAUUGUUUCUUGCAAAUUUAAUGAAAAAUAUAUUUAACACUCAACUAGCUGAACAACUGGAGUCUGAUGAUCAGCGUCACCAGUUGGUUGAUGAAAUAUCUCAGCUUCAUGCUUCUCAUAAUAAAGUAAAUGACAAGAAUCAACAACUUACUGAAGAACUUGCUAAUUGCCAUGUUGAACUACAUGAUAUUUCUAGCAAGAACGUAGAAGUACAAAAUCAAUUUAAUGCUGCCAUGGCUGAGGUGGAAGCACUUUCUGUCAGAGUGAUUGAGCUGCAGAAUAGUUUUGAUGUGUCCCACAAAGAUUCGUUGGAAUUGUCCAGAGAGUUGGCUGACUGCAGAGGCUUGAUCUCAAGUUUACAGGUGGAAAAGAAGGGCAUGAAUGAAACUCUUAAUUUGAUGAUUGCUGAGAAAAAUAAACUUGUGGAGGAGAAGGAAUUUCAUCUAUGUGAAAGUAAGAAUCUGGCAACUGAAUUGGCUGACUUCAAGAGUUUGAUGGAAGGAGUAAGAGUUGAGAAUUCCAACUUAAUUGACAGGAUCUCUUUGGUGACUGAAGAGAGGAAUAAGAUUGAAGCAGAAAUUGAGCAUCUCAAACAUGAGAUUGACAGACUGUCAUUAGAUUUGGUUGAAAAUAAAGAUUUGGUGGCAAGUCUAGAGGCAGAAAAUUCCAACUUAAAUCGUAACCUUGCAUUGUCAGCUGAUAAGAUUAAAAAUCUUGAAGAUGAGAAUCAAAGACACUCUUCUGAAAUCAUUGCCCUAAAUGAGCAAUUGUCUACAGAAAAGGCGGAACGAAUGAGGUUUGAAGGUGACCUUAAAGAAGCCACAGUGCACUUGGAACAAAUUUCCAAGGAAAAUGUGUUUCUCAAUGACACUUUGGAUAAGCAAAAGGCCAAGAUAGAAGAAAUUGGAAAGGAGCACAGCCAACCACUAUCUCAACCUAGGGACCUUGGAAAUCAAGCUCAUGUUGCACGUACACAAAGUAAGGGCCUUGAAAUUGCUAUUGCUAACGAUUCUCUGCAUAUGGAUCAGGAGCCAGAUGAAGGGGCACUAGGAGGACCACAUGUGAAUAUACUUGAGCAUGAAGUCUUUGAUGAUUCUCAUGGGUUUGUUUCAUUGAAAGCUUGCUCGGAUGAGGUAGAGAAAGUUCUGGUGAAGCUUGAAAAGGCAAUUGAUGUGUUGCAUUCUCAAUCAGUAUCCUCCAGCAGGGCCGGUGAAAAAGUUUCUUCGCCUGUGGUUUCGAAAUUGAUACAGGCUUUUGAAUCAAAAGUACAAGAAGAUGAGCAUGAGACAGAAAGUAGGGAUUCCAGUGAUGUUCUGUCAUCAUCAAACUCAUUUAUUAUGUUAACUAAAGAGCAAAUUGGAGAUUUGAAAAAAUUGCUUUCAAAGUGGAAGCUGAAUGUUCAGAUUGCAGGUACAUUAUUCAAUGGGGAGCGAGAUGAUCGGAAAACUGGUGAUGCAAAGUACAGUGAUCUCAAGGACCAGUUUGAACAAUUGAAGCAACAUUGCUCAGAUUUGGAAGCAUCCAACAUUGAACUUGCAGUUCAAUAUGAAACUGCAAAGCAACUUCUGGGUGAUAUUCAAGAAAAGAAAUGCCUUCUUGAGGAAUUCUAUGAUGCUUUAAAGCAAGAAGAUACCCAUCUCAAAGCCAAAAAUAAUGAACUUUAUGAGAAGCUUGGCUAUUGUCAGUCAAAAAUUAGUGAAUUGCAUACUGAAAUGAAUGAUGUGAAACAAAUUUCAAAUGAUAUGGCUUCUACUGUUGGCAGUCAACUGGAAAAUUUGCAGAAGGAGGUGACAGAGAGGGCAAUGCUACUUGAGCAAGGCUGGAAUAUGACUAUUGCCCAGAUUGUUGAGUUAGUUGGGAAGCUGAAAGAAUCAGUUGGUGAAACUUUGUGCACAACUGUUUCUUCUGAUGCUUAUGGCAACUUGGAUAUCUGUCAUCAGUUAGAAGUUUCAGUUAAUGCAGCCGCUGAAAUGAUUUUUGAUCUGCAGAAGAAACUUGAAGCUACUUAUUCGGAACAUGAAAUAAUGUGCACAUCAUAUAAAGAAAUGAAUUCAAAAUGUGAUGAUCUGCUUGGGAGGAAUGAAUUGGCUGUUAGUCUAUUGCAUAAGAUGUACAGUGACCUGAGGAAACUUGUGUUUAGUAAUGGUGGGACUAUGGAUGAAGAUAAGAUAGAUUUACAAAGUGAAGUGCUGCCUGAUCUGCUGAACUAUAAUAGCUAUCAACCCAUCUUGAAACAUAUUGGGAAUAUAUUGACCGAGAAGCUGGAACUUGAGUCUGUUACCAAGGAGAUUAAGUCAGAAUUGAUGCACAGGGAAACAGAAUUGGAAGAAUUGAAGAUGAAGUGCCUUGGUUUAGAUUCUGUUAGUAAGCUAAUAGAAGAUGUCGUGGGUGUGCUGAAUGUGGACAUUUCAAAGAUCGAUAUAAAUAAAUCACCCCUUUCUUGCUUAGAUUCAUUAGUCUCUAGUCUUGUACAGAAAACCAGAGACACUGAAAUCCAGUAUCACACGACUAAAGAAGGAUAUGGAUCUAAGGAGAUGGAAUUGGCUGAAUUGAAGGAAAAAAUGCAUUUUCUAGACACACUUCGUCUUGAGAAUGAAAAUGAAAUCCUUGUUCUGAAGGAAAGCUUACAUCAGGCUGAGGAAGCUCUUACUGUUGCUCAUUCUGAAUUGCACAAGAAAGCAAAUGAACUUGAGCAUUCAGAACAGCGGGUGUCCUCCAUUCGGGAAAAACUUAGCAUAGCUGUUGCCAAGGGGAAAGGGUUGGUUGUACAGCGAGAUGGACUCAAGCAAUCCCUGGCAGAGACAUCCAGUGAAUUGGAGAGAUGCUUGCAAGAGUUACAGUUGAAAGAUACAAGGCUUCAUGAGGUUGAAACGAAAGUUAAGACAUAUGCAGAGGCUGGUGAGCGUGUUGAAGCUCUGGAAUCUGAGCUUUCUUAUAUCCGUAAUUCAUCUAAUGCUUUGAGAGAGUCAUUUCUUCUUAAAGAUUCAAUGCUUCAGAGGAUAGAAGAGAUAUUGGAAGACCUAGAUCUGCCAGAGCAGUUUCAUUCAAGAGAUAUAAUUGAAAAGAUUGAUUGGUUGGCUAGUUCAGUUUCAGCAAACUCAUUGCCAAUUAAUGAUUGGGAACAGAAGGAAGCUAUGGGAGGAGGCUCAUACUCUGAUGCUGGUUAUGUUGUCACGGAUUCAUGGAAAGAUGAUAGUCAGCUACGACCAGAUUCAGAUGAUUUUAGAAAAAAAUUUGAGGAGUUGCAGAGUAAGUAUUAUGGGUUGGCUGAGCAAAAUGAAAUGCUGGAGCAAUCAUUGAUGGAAAGAAACAGCUUAGUUCAGAGAUGGGAAGAGCUUGUAAAUAGGGUUGAAAUGCCUUCACAUUUGCAGUCUAUGGAGACGGAGGAUAAGAUUGAAUGUAUAGGCAGUGCGCUUACUGAGGCUAAUCAUCAUAUAGAUUCUAUGCAGCUGAAGAUUGAAAAAUAUGAUAGCUACUGUGGAUUGCUAAAUGCCGAUCUGGAAGAGUCUCAAAGGACAGUGUCUGCUCUUCAAGAAGACCUUAGUGCUCUUACAUCUGAAAGAGAGCAUCUUUCUGAGAAAAUGGAGUCUUUGGUGUAUGAGUAUGAGAAACUAUCAUUGCAGACAAGGGAGGCUGAACUUGAGAAUGGAAAGCUGCAUGAUGAAAUAACUAGUUUGAAGGAUAAAUUGGAACACAAAACUGCAAUUGAAGAACAAAUUUUCACUAUUGAAGGCAAGAUCAGAAAGUUGCGAGACUUGGUUGGUGAUGCCUUGUCGGAAUCUGAAACAGAAAAUAUGGUUUCCGGUAGUGCAAAUAUUGAUUCCUUGGAAGAAUUGCUGGAAAAGCUUGUAGAAAAGCUGAACAUGGAAAGGAAACCAUCAGCACAGACAAGAGAAGCUGAACUUGAGAAUGAAAAGCUGCAUACUGAAAUUUCUAGUUUGAAGGAUAAAUUGGAACAGAAAGCUGCAAUUGAAGAACAAAUUUUCACCAUUGAUGGUAAAAUCAGAAAAUUACAAGACUUAGUUGGUGAUGCCUUGUCAGUACCUGAAACAGAAAAUCUGGUUUCUUGUAGUGCAAAUAUUGAUUCCUUGGAAGAAUUGCUGAGAAAGCUUAUAGAAAAUCAUGCAAAGCUUUCAUUAAUGAAACCUGCAUAUGGGGUUGUAGGUGAUGGACUCCAUUCUCAAAAGGAGGAUGCUACACUUCUCGAGGAAAGAAGUAUGGAUGUGCAUGAUAAGGAGGCGGCAGAUAUUGACAUAUAUAAAAGAGAUCUGGAGGAGUCUUCAAAUGAAUUGAUGCAUGUGAAGGAGGAGAGAAAUAGAUCUUUGGAAAAGCAAAUAUCUUUAUCAGGUGAAGUUGAAGCUCUGACAAAAAGAAUUGAGGAAUUGCAAGGGCUUCUUAAUCAGGAGGAGCAGAAAUCAGCUUCUUUUAGAGAGGAGUUAGCAAGUGAAGUUGAAACUCUGACAAAAAGAAAUGAGGAAUUGCAAGGGCUUCUUAAUCAGGAGGAGCAAAAAUCAGCUUCUGUUAGGGAGAAGUUAUCAGGUGAAGUUGAAACUCUGACUAAAAGAAUUGAUGAAUUGCUAGGGCUUCUUAAUCAGGAGGAGCAGAAAUCAGCUUCUUUUAGAGAGAAGUUAAAUGUUGCAGUAAGGAAAGGGAAGUCAUUGGUGCAACAACGAGACAGUCUAAAGCAAACCAUUAAAGAUAUGACUGUUGAGAUGGAGCACUUGAAAUCUGAGAUAAACAACCGGGAAAACACUCUUGGAGAGCAAGAACAGAAGUUGAGACAGUUGUCAACCUACCCAGAUAGGUUAGAAGCUCUUGAAUCUGAGAGUUUGCUUCUGAAGAAACAUUUGGAAGAAACUGAGCACCAUUUGCAGGACCAAGAAUAUUCUUUGAAACUGAUUUUGAACAAGUUGGGUGAGAUUGAGGUUGGCGGUGAAGGUCAUAUAAGUGAUCCAGUGAAGAAAUUGGAAUUGGUUGGGAAGUUAUUUUCUGAUCUACAUAGUGCUGUGGCAUCUUUAGAACAAGAAUCCAGGAAGUCUAAAAGAGCAUCAGAACUCCUCUUGGCAGAGUUAAAUGAGGUUCAAGAAAGGAAUGAUAGUUUUCAGGAGGAGCUCGCAAAGGUGACUGCUGAACUUGUGGAUCUCAGAAGAGAAAGGGAUUCAGCUGAGGCUGCCAAACUGGAAGCGGUUGCACAUCUUGAGGAGGGGAAAAAGAGCCAUUUUUCUGACAUCAUGGAAUUAAAAUCUAGUAUGAACCAAGUCUGCAAAAGCUUUGGUGAGGUUCAGAAUUUACUGUGUAAUGCUUUUUUCAUGGAUUUGGAAUCUUAUCGGAAAGUGGAGGCUGGUCUUGAGUCAUGUAUGAAAGGAAACAAUGAUAAAAAUGUGGUGGAUUCAUCCAUCACCAAAGAACAUGAUGGCAUUUUACACUGCUCAUCUGCUAAUAAGAAGAGCUCUGUGUCUGCAGAUCCUUGGUCAGAUUUUGACAGAAUUGACCACUAUGAUGAUAAUACUAUAGUUGAAAUUUCUCGUCUAUUUGGGCAUCAACUGCAAGAGCUCAUGGUGGAGGUUAGUUCUCUCAGGGAAAGAAUAAACAUGCACUCAAGUUUGGCGCAGGAGACGGACAAAACUCUAUCUAAACUAAUAGCAAGUAUUCAAAGGGAAAUGACUUCCCAAAAAGAGGCGUGUGAAACGAUGAAGAAAGAAGUAAGUGAGCGAGAUGGGGAACUUGCUGUAUUACGUGGGAACGUUGCCUAUCUUUAUGAAGCAUGCAUUAAUUCUGUCAUUGUACUUGAAAAUGGAAAAGCUGAACUGGUUGGAAGGAAGGUUGAAUCUUCAGAUCUGGGAAUUAACUUGGAAAUACCUUCAUUUGAUGAUGGCAUAUCUGAGGAAUGUAUUAAAACCCUGACAGAUAGAUUGCUGUUGAGUGCAAAAGGGUUUGCUAGUUUAAAAACUGAAUUUUUAGAUGCCAAUCAAAAAGAAAUGAAGGCUACUAUAACAAAUUUGCAGAGAGAGCUUCAGGAGAAGGAUGUUCAAAGAGAUAGGAUUUGCUCAGAACUGGUGAAACAGAUCAAGGAUGCUGAAGCUGCUGCAAACAGUUACUCUCAAGAUCUUCAAGCUUUUAGUCUUCAAGAACAUAAUAUAAAGAAAGAGGUGGAAGCAAUUGAGGCAGAAAGGAAGAUACUGGAACAGAGAGUGAAUGAACUGCAGGAUAGACAAGAAACCGCAGCUGAAUUAGAGGAGAAAAUGAGAUCUCAAACUGGUUUACUGGCUGCCAAAGAUCAAGAAAUCGAAGCACUAAUGCAUGCACUUGAUGAGGAAGAAACGCAGAUGGAAGAAUUAACAAAUAAGAUUGUGGAUCUUGAAACGGUAGUUCAACAAAAGAAUCAAGAGAUUGAGAACCUUGGAUCUUCCCGUGGUAAGGUUAUGAAAAAGCUUUCCAUAACUGUUAGUAAGUUUGAUGAGCUUCACCACCUGUCUGCAAGUCUCCUUUCUGAGGUUGAAAAGCUCCAAUCCCAGUUGCUAGAAAGAGAUACUGAAAUUUCUUUCUUGAGGCAAGAGGUUACUAGAUGCACUAAUGAUGCUCUUCUUGCAUCACAAAUGAGCAACCAGAGUUCUGAUGAGAUCUUUGAGUUCUUGAUGUGGGUUGACACAAUUGUGUCUCAUGAUGGGGUGCAUGAUAUACAUCCUGAUAUGAAGAGCAACAGUAAGGUUCAUGAAUGCAAAGAAAUACUUCAUAAGAAGCUUACGUCUUUAUUGUCAGAAUUGGAGAAUCUAAGGGAAGUUGCAGAAAGCAAGGAUGCAAUGUUGCAAAUAGAAAGGAGUAAGGUAGAAGAAUUGAACUGCAAAACAGAAACUCUUGAGACAUCCUUACAUGAGAAAGAAUUGCAAUUGAAUUUGCUUGAAGGUGUGGAAGAAACUGGAAAGGGAGCUGGCACAAGCUCAGAAAUUGUGGAGGUAGAACCAGCAAUGAAUGAUUGGUCGUCAUCUGGUGCUUUUGUAACACCCCAAGUUCGCAGUUUGCGCAAAGGCAAUAGUGAUCAUGUUGCCAUUGCUGUAGAUGUAGACCCUGGUAGUACUAGUAGGAUAGAAGAUGAAGAGGACGACAAAGUCCAUGGUUUCAAAUCCCUCACAACAUCCAGAAUUGUCCCAAGAUUUACUAGACCGUUGACUGACUUGAUUGAUGGCUUGUGGGUUUCUUGUGAUCGGACUCUAAUGAGACAACCCAUCUUACGGCUUGGAAUUAUAAUUUAUUGGGCCAUAAUGCACGCACUCCUUGCAUUUUUUGUUGUUUGAGGUGGGAGGCCCUGAUUUGGCUUUGUAUGAUUUAGCCGGCCACAGGAAUUGCCGUGCCACCUUUAUAGAUUGGGGUUACAUGAUUGACUCCACUGAUACUUGAAAAAAGGACUCAGUUAAGUUGUACAGUAUCUUCCUUCUGCUUAGUUCUUGUUGCGGUGAGAGACAGUUACAAGUAUAAUGAAUUUAAAGAUGCAGCUGCCAGAAAGAGUUACAGGCAGAGCAUUGAAGAAAAGAUGAGAAAGCAGAUUGCUCAAUAUUUUGAAGAGCAACACAAACAUCAUUCCAGUUGGUGUUUUUAAUAAGGAUAUGCCUUCAACAAGAUCAAUACUAUCUGUUGGAGGGAUAGUUUGUGUCUUAAAAAUCAUGGGAUAGUUUGUGAGCAGGAUGAAUGACCAGUUAGGUAUAGAAAGACGUAAUUCUUUUGAACUUUAAUUAAGGUUUUUGUUAUCUGCUUAGCCAUUAGAAAUUUUAGUUGCCAUUCUUUGUAUUCUCACAUCAAUCAUAGCAUCGUUAUGAAUAUUUUUGGCAGUUUGUCAAGCAUUAAAAUACAUACAUGUAAACUUGGAAUAUAUUUAGAUUUUGACCUUCAUA